GAUCGCGGCAACUGGCGCUUCCUGGGCGGCGAGGAGGGCUGGAUUAUCAUUGGCAACAAUGAAUGCAUAGCCGUCUGGCAGCCUCGGCCCUUCUUCUUCUCGUCCACACAGCGCCACUGGACACAGCGCUAUGCAGCAUCCGGAAGGCUGAAGGUCUGCCCGUAGCCAGGCUGCGGAGCGGCGUGCCUGUCCCCAGAGUCCGCCCUGCCUACACAGUUGCACCUGCCGGCACAUCGACGGGCUUGAGGCUGGCGGGCAGCUCUGCACUGAGGAUGGCGACUGCUGCAGGUAGGCAGGCAGGCGUGAGAGGGAACUGCAUGCAUCAAGAAAACGGUUGAGGGCUUUGGUUUGUUGUUCGUGGCGUGUGUGGUGUGGUGUGGUGUGCAGGUUCCGGUUUGCGACGUCGCGGCGACGUGCCGUUCUGCGGUGUGAAUGAGGACAAGAUCAGGAGCGCCAGGCCGCUCUUCAACGACAAUGUCCUCCGAUACCUCUACGACUGGAUCACUGGUGGGUCAGUCAGUCAGACGGGCCAGAGUGAAAGAGAAGCCAAGCCCUCGUCCAUCUAUCCAUCCAUCCAUCGCGUGGUGUGUGUCUGCAGAGCGCCACAGGAUCUAUAAGCGCAAGAAUGCGGGUGAGGCGGCGCCGUGGACGACCGACCAGGUCCUGCUCGACUUCCGCUUCUGCAACGUAAGGAGGGAACUCGACAGGGAAUCGAGGUGCGUACAGUGAUAGACUAACACACAGACACACACACACACAGACACACACACUCGCCAUGUGCCAUUGGGCAUUCUCUUUUGUUUUUGUGUUUGUGUGUGUGUGUGUGUGUGUGCGCAGGGCGUUGAUUGAGCAGGUGGUGAAGAAUCCCGACCUCUGGUACGCAUGAUGAUGGGGCGAUGGGGUGGCCGGUGUCAGUCAUGUGGUGUGUUGUGUUGUGUUGUGUUGGUGUCCUUCCUUUUGCCUUGAUAGCUACCGUGCCAAGGUGAUGAACUGCAUCUGGUUCCGUCUCUUCAACAAACAAGACACAUUCCACAUCACCGGACCACUCACACUACAAGUAAGACAAGACAAGACACACACGAUCACACACUGCCGCCCUCUCUCUCUCUCUCUGCGUGUGUGUGUAUGUGCUAUGUGUGACGGCCAUGGUGAUAAUGGUGGUGGUGCAGACGCUGGGCUCGUUGGGCGAUCCGUCUGUGUUGCGUUCGUACGCGGCCAAGUUUGAGGAGCACCAGCGGGCGUUCCCCGAGUACGUCUUCUUCACCAACGCCUUCCUCACACAGGGGCUCAGGGGCAGCUGGCGGUUCCCUCCCCAACUCGAUGGAAGUCAGUCAGUUGUCGACACCCACGCCACACACGGAAUGCAUUUGUGUGUGUGUGUGUGUGUGUGUGCAGGGGAGGUGCCCUUUGACCCGGAGAGGAUGCUCUACGCAAUCGAGCACAUCUUCAGCGACGGAUUCCUCGUGAGCACACAACACACACAACAUGACAUCAGUCAGAGAGGGAAGGAGGGCGGAAUGGAUGAAUGGACUAAGCAAGCCUUUGUUGUUGUUUGUUUUGUGGUAUAUCUAUCAGGAGAAGAUAGGUGUGACGUCAGACCCGUCCUACCACAAGCCGGGCUUCAGCCAGCAAGACGUGUACGAGACGCUCAAGGGAUACAAAGGCAUGUCCAUGUCCAUGUGUGUGUGCAGAUGUUCGUCGACUUCACCUACAUCGCAGAGUUCCCCUACAGCGAGAACGAGUUUGUGGUCAGCCAACCAAGCGACCAACCGACCACACAGCACACAAAGCACACAGACAUACAAAGACACAAACAAACAGACAGACAAGCGGCUGUGUGUCUGUGUGUCAUUCAGGUGUCGGGUCCUGGGUGCGAGGCCGGCCUCAAUGUGCUCUUCAGAAACAGAGACGGUCAGUCAGACAGACAGACAGUAAGGCACACAGACAGACAGACACAUGCCGUGCGGGAGGGAGGGGACUAGUGGAUUGCGUUGGCUCUGUGUGUGUGUGUAUGUAUGUGUGUGUGUGUGUGUGUGUGUGUUGUGAGCAGGUUUGACUGACGAGGAGUUGCUAUUCUGGCUGCGGGACAACAUCGAGGCGGCAUUCAACCACAGGAACCUCAAAUUCGACGCCAAGGUCAGCCACCCGGCCACGCGGCCACCCAUACCCACACACACAUAUGCCUACCUCUCCCCUUUUCCCUCGCCUGUGUGUGUGUGUGUGUGUGUGCAGGAGUUGUUUGACGAUUUGGAGGACGAGAGCGCCCGCUGCCUCAACAUCAUGUGCCUCGAAAACUGUAUGUGCGAACUCAGCAAAUACACCAAGGGUGAGGACAUACACACACAGACAGAUCCACCCACCGUCUCCCUCUCCUCUCUGUGUGUGCGCCUCUAUCCAUCUCUCCAUCCUCUGUCAGCCCGUCAGAACAAGGGCCGCCCGCGCAACCGCUACCAUCCCACCCUCUCGCCCAUCCCCGGCUCACAGCACAUGCCCAACCUCGGGGACUGGCUGCCGUCUGCAUCUUCCGCCAGCAAGGGCAAGAGCAAGAGCAAGAGCAAGAGCAAGAGCAAGAGCAACAAGCGCAAGGGACGGCCGUCGGGCAUCGCCAAGGGUGUCAUCAGAGCACCGGUGCAGCGCAACCCCUCCCUCUCCCCGUCCACCAUGGACGAGACGGCAGCAUCACCAGAGCAGCAGGGGGCCAUCGUGAUGGCGUCGCAGCAGAGUGUGGGCGUGUCGGUGGGCGAGGACAGUGGUGCCCCUGUCUCUGCUGCUGCUGCUGGUGGGGGUGAGGGUGAGGGUGAGGGUGGUGGGAGGAAGAGGGCGCGCGUAGGGUUGCGGCCGAGGGGUUCCCUCAAGCCCAACCGCAAUAGCGACUUCUCAUACACGACUGACUGACUCAUUGAGAGAGUUAAUUGAUGUGUGUGUGAGAGAGAGAGCUGAGUUGUUCAAACCUUGUUGGCCGGCAGCAGAGAGAGAGAGAGAGCACAGCAAACACAGUGCACCUGUGUUUGUUGUCGUGGUCAGUAGACGGAUGGAUGGAUCGGCGUGUGAGCUGCUUUCGUGCUUUCAUUAGAAGGGGACGGGAGUGCCUGCCUGUGUGCGUGUGUAGGACAGCCAGGUGUGUGGGGUUACUGUAUAGCUGUCUGUCUGUCUCGACUUUGCUGCUUGGACGCCCUCUGCUGUGUACAGGAUGACCGAUAAUUCGAUUGAAACGGUGCUGCC